UCGAGUUUUAUAACUUAGAGUACUAAAGGUCGAUUAUCCGAUUAAUCGGAAGUCGACUUACCAAUCCCUACUAUAGCUGAUAAGGUGGCUGUUUUUUAUAUACAAAGCGUCGUUAUAAAGUUAGUAAGUUUAUAAAGUUAUUUGUGAAAACAAAAGAAGGCAACAACAACGGAAGUUCUAGGGUGGACACAUCAACAAUAAACAAAGGGAAAAUGUUACAAUUUCUGAAGAAAUCUUUGAUUAAUCUUUACCUCCAAUAUGAACUGGUUACCAAUAUUUACAUGUUCGAGCCAUGGGAGAAGAAAUUGAUAAAUGGCUUUGUCGCAAUCAUUCUAUCUUUGGUGAUAUUUUCUAGUUACUUCUAUUUGCCCUCGUACAUUGAAACUUUCCUACAGUUCAUAACGCCACAACAACAACAAUCGCAACAGGGUGGCAUAUCAGCGACGGGACCUGCAGCAUCAUAUGCCGCUCCCAUAUUGCAGGCAGAGAAAAUUAGUAUAAGUUAAGAACGAAUGACACUUUGUGUUUGUUGUAAUCUCCAAAUGCAAUCGUGGCACUCGAUGGCUCGGAAUGAUAUGCAGGGAAAUAAUGCAGCAGCAGCGGCCACUUCAAUUUCCACAAGUGACUUUAUUUUUAAUCAUCAAUAUUUUCAAUAUUUUUAAGUUUCUAUAAGAAAGAGAUUGUUAUAUGAAUUGAAUCUUUAAAAGGCAAGGUUGUUAAACAAAUAUUUUGAAAAUAAUAGGUAUAAUGUCCAAUAAGCUCAAAGCAUUGUUGAAUGCCAUUAAAAUUGAUAUUUAAGAUAAUAGCAAUUGUUUGAUUACUGUAAAUUUUCGAUUGACGUUAUGUGUACGUAUUUAAUUGAUGUGUGUGCUAUUGAUAUAUUGUAAUUUAUUAAAAAAAAAUAUUAUUUGAGAAUUGUAAUUUUUACUUGAAAUUCUAGCAAAAAUAAAAGACUAUUAAGACGAAA